AUUUGAGCAACUUCUCCAAACGGGUUGAUGAUGGUGGGGUUGCCUGCUGUGCUGCUUACCGCAGCUGGCAUCCUCGCUGCUGGCUUGCUCUGGAAGACCUUCCAAUGUGGAGACCAAAAGUAUGAUCUCCUGGCAGGCUCCGAAGGAGACACAGACGCAGAGACUGGAGGAGGGCACAGAAGUGACGAAGAACCACUUCAUAUUCUGCCAGUCUUUCUGGGGAUCAUCACCCUGGCAUGGCAAGUAGGCCUGGCACUGCGACCUCAUUGUGAAACAGUAGGUCUGGUCGCAAUCAUUCCUGGCUACAUGCUUGGCAGCUACUUGGCUUUGUUCGUAGAGUGGAAGCACAGCACUGAAGCGUUUACUCCGGUUGAUCCCCACAAAAGAUGGAGAUUUGCUAAUUGGGUGGCCCAAAACGACCACCUGGUCCUGAUCAUGGUCAUCUUCUUCCCGCUCUUCCUGUGGCUGAUGGUCGUUCCCUUGUUGCCUUGGUCCGAUAGUUUGCCGUGGUACUUCCUCCUGCCGCAGGCUGUGAGUUCCUGUCUUGGUGCUUUCGGAGUGAAGCACAUCGCACGAAGAACCGAUGGUGAACAACGCUUCGGUCUUGGAUUGGGCCUUUGUGGGCUCAUCAUGGCGUGGUUUGGAGGAUCUUCAAUGUUUGGCCUCAGUUGGCAGCUGGCACUCUUUGCGUUGCCUGGAUGCGUGGUGUUGUUUGGGCUCUAUGUGACCUAUGAGGCUGAUGCUUCACUGCCUGGCCUAGCCAUGGGUUUGCUCAACAAAGCCUCCUCAAGGGAGAUCGGCUCUAGGAACCGGACAGACCUCGUGUCGCAGAUGGACCGCGUGGCCGCAGCAGAUACAUGGGCUCAGCGCGAGAGAUAUCACAAUGAGGUCGAAUGUCGGUUUCGUGCCCCUCCUCUCUUCCUCGGUACCAUCACCUUCGCAUGGCUAGUGAUGCUGCCACAUUGCAAGAAAUUCACUUGGCAGCUAGUCCUGACGGCGGUGCCAGGAUACCUCUUUGGUAGCUAUUUGGCGUUGUUCGCGAGGUGGUACUUAUGGCCGAAGGUGAACUUCCAUAUUCCUGGGUGUGACAUGACAGACAGAAUGUUUAGGUAUCGGAGCCUAGCGUUCAUGAUGACGAUCCCCGUUCUGCACCACUUCUGGCUCUUGGCCUUGCCAUUGUUCCAUGACGUCUCCAUCUAUGUCCUGGGGCUUCAAGCGAUUGCUGCCACCUUAGAUGCUUGGGGUGUGAAGCUAUUGACUGCCAGAUCCACUGAAGAGAAAGGCUUUGGGCUUUGCCUUUCUGGCAUCCUUAUCGCUUGGCUUGCAGGUCUGGCCAUGUUGAAUACCUUCACUUGGCAGUUGGCCCUCUUCUCUCUUCCGGGAUUCCUUCUGCUGGUCAUGGCCUUAAUCCCGGAAGCACGUGAAAUGAUUGGGUUUGAGUGGAUGGAUUAUUGUGUUUUUGGGGGUCGGUUUCCACCGGGAAACUGUGCUUUGUGGAUGCUGCGACUGCUGGUGUGGAGCUUUGCCCUGCCGGUGCUCCAGGUGACUGGCCAUUGGUUGCUAUUUCUCUGCGUGGAGCUCACUGCAUACCUGGCCUUUGCCAUGCCAACUGCCAUGUACGGGUUCGAGCCCAUGUCCGAUGAUUUUGUCUUCAAGUUGAAAGCUGAGGACAUUCCAUACCGGACAUUGAUGGGUUUCAUUCGAGAGGCAGCUUUCAUGGCAUGCUUGGGGGCUGUUGCAUUCUGGUCAUCAGGAAAUUGGUUCUGGACCCAAUGGCCAGAAGCACUGCGAGACCUGUGGCCUUGGGACGUCUUCCUUGUGCCAUCUUGCUUAGUUAGUCUUUGGUGCGUUCUUGAAAUCAUUGCGCACGGAGUGCCAGGCCGGGCCCGAUUGAUGGCCAUGGUCAACGUCUCAGCCGUUGUCCUUUGCCUGCCAUUUCUCUUGAACAUAGACAUUCCAGAGGUGCAGUCAGGUGCUCCCACCCUUGACCUGGCCCCCACGGACUACGUUGCGGUGGAUCUCAAUUUCAACAACCUCAGCAGCUUUGACCUCGCUUUAAAGAACUCCACUGUCCAGUGGCUGAACAUGCCCAGGCCACUCUGGCCACAAGCAGCACAGAGGUCGGAUUGGAAUCUCUCACAACUUCGGAAUAAAUAUUGGCUCAGCUACAUGUUCAUCAAAUAUGCUUUGACAACUGGAAUGUCCGUGCUAGUCUUGAGUGUCAUCAAGCUUCCAAGCUGUGAGGAUGCUGAGCAAAUUGUGAAAGAUGAGUCAAUUGAGCAUGGGAAUCGCAUGACAGAAGCAGAGCUUGGCUUCCUCACUCUAGUGCUGGUCACCGCCCAGUUGAUCCUUUGCACCAAAGUCACCAUCUCAGCAGCCUUGUCAGGUCAGUUGACAGCAGCUGGACUUGUGUGGGAAGGAUUUGAUACCUGCUUCACUGUAGGUCUAUGCUGGCUGCUGGUACAGGCUUUGACCAUGCGCAUCAUGAACCCAAGCAUGAAGUUUGACCCUGUCGACAUUUCCAUCGCUACUCUGCCAGUGCUCCCUUUUCUAGGAGAUCCCUUUGAUACUGUGAAAGACUCGAUUCUGGCUGCUGCUGCGCUGUCAUCAGGCUUUGUGUGGUUGCAAGUGUUGGGUGCCGUAGCUAUGAUGUACCUCUGGGCUUUCCACAUGUUACUGCUUUUGCCUAACAAAGCCACGCGGUUGGAGUUACAGCAAAGCUACCUAUCAUUGCUUUCUGUAAAAGUGUUGCAGAAGGAGCAGGCAUUGGGUCACACCACUGGGGUAAAACUUCUCGCUGUGGCUUUUAAGCAAAGCACGCCUGCGCGGCAGUGGGCAAUGAUCGUAGAAGAUCUUCCCCAAGCCGUGCUUGCCUGUAUCAUCUCAUUGGCUCAUCACACCAGGGUGUUCACAGUGGCCGUGAAUAUCCUCAUCCCAUCAAUUCGGAUUCUUCUGGCUUGGCGUUUUCAUCCUGAAAUAGCGUGGCAGGUGAAAGAUUGGUUGCUACAAGAGGCUCUGGAUGCACUGAUCCAGGAUAAAAUUGAGCUGUCGAACGAGUUCGCGGUCGCAUUGGUCCGGCUGCAGGGCCACUAUCCUGAGCAGAACUUUUUGCGGCAUGUAGAUGUGAGACUUGUUGGAGAAGGCAGAAAGAAGGUGAAACUAGAAAGGAAGGAAGGCGGGUUGUUCCCUGGUGAGAAGACUCUUCGGCUCUCAGAAUCCAUCUUUCGCUUCUGGUUCUUGGCGCACACUGUGGAGGAAGUAGAAGAAGGAGAAGCUGUAGAAGAUAGGAUCGUACAGUUUGCAGAUUCGUUCAGCUACUCAAAAAUACUUUCCUUGGUGCUCGAGGAUGCCGCCGCAAUGAAAGGAGUGGCUGCACUUUGGAAGCCUUUGAUGAUCUUCAAAGUCGAUGCCAUGUACUCCACAGAUGUCAAAGCUUUGUUUGCGGACCUUUGCCAGAUGAAGAUGAUCACCCGUCUCCAUUUGAGCUUCAAAGACGUGCUUGGGACUGAAUCCUCCACAGCUUUGGCUCAUGGCAUCUCAGAGCUCAUCCAGGUCACAGACCUGAGAUUGGUGUUGAGGCAGGAAGUUAUCGAAGGUGAAGAUGAUGAUGAGGACCUACAAAGGAAGCUUGUUGAGACUGUCCCCAUCGUCAAGACUUUGGCAGAGGGCCUUGCCAAAUUGACCCAGCUCACAGGACUAGGCUUGACAAUGACGGGCGGUCAUGUUGGCAAUGAGGCAUUGACAACUCUUGGGGAAUCUUUUUCCCAAAUGAAGCAGCUAAGCACUUUGAUAUUGCGUUUCAUUCGUUGCUGGAUUGAUAACAAUGGCACCAGAGCUUGUGUUCAUGGGAUUUGCAAACUGGGAAAGAUCACGCAGCUCACACUGAUGCUGAGACUGUGCGUAAUCACGCCCAGAAUCAGUCCGGAAACUCGCGAAGCUCUCGAAGAGCAGCUCAAGGCGCGGUUCGCGAGCGCUGAGAGUGUGAGCGUUAGAAUAUGAUAGAACCUUUGGUGAAAUCCCAGAAGGUGCCGCUGGUUGUGGUUUCACCGAGUUUCACUUCUGGCAAAAAUCAGCUGAAACAAGCUGCUUUGCCGGAAGAGUUCAGGCAGAUGUUGAAAUGGAUCGAAUACCUCUGUGCGGAACAACUUUGGUGAGUUCCAGGAACUUUUGGACGUGGGGA